UGCAUUUGCACUCUUUGCAUUUGCAGGAGCCAGCGCAGGCGCAGGAGCCACCUGCAAGGAGGAGAAAGAUGAGCAGUGAGAUGCCUGAUGCAGGAGACACAGCCGUCCUGCGCCCGGGCCGCCUCUUCUGGGCGUAAAGUGAGCGCGCGGGCUCCUGGGCGCCACCAAGCGGUGCAUCAGCGCAAGUGCCUCUUCUCCUCUUGCUUUGGACCAACUGCCUCAUCUCUGCUGGAAAUGGACCCCAACUGCUCCUGCCCAGCUGGUGGCUCCUGUGCCUGCACCGGCUCCUGCAAAUGCAAGGACUGCAAAUGCACCUCCUGCAAGAAGAGCUGCUGCUCAUGCUGCCCCGCGGGCUGUGCCCAUUGCACCCAGGGCUGCACCUGCAAGGGAGCGCUGGACAAGUGCAGCUGCUGUGCCUAAAGUCGGGGGACAGCCUGCUCCCCAAGAAACCAGAGCAACAUGUUCAAACCCGCUUUUUUUUUUCCAGUCCACCCUGACCCGUUUGCCACAUUCUCUUGCUGUGAAAUAUGUGAAAGAUAAGAAAAGUGGUUGAGUUUG